ACCACUUCCUGUCUUACCGGAGCCGUUCUGCUCUCUUGCGGUUACUCGCUGCUCUCGGGUCUCGGGAAGGGAUGAGCUCCAUAUUGCGUGACUUUCCGGCCUGGCGGACGUGAGGAGACCGAGGUCGGAGUGGAGUGUCGUCGUAGCAGCGUCUUGCUGUGUGUUUCCUGGGGCCGAAAGUUGAUGUGAGGUUGGAGCGGUAGGUGGUUCACCGUUUGUGAGAUUUCAUGCUGGUCUGCAAUAUCUGAUUAGAACUUCCCAAGGAAUUCAUCUGUAUGAGUGGACACACAAACUAUUGCAGAGAUAUGAAUGAACAUCCUAAGAAACGGAAAAGAAAGACUUCUUUUCCAUCCCGAUAUGCAGUACAGACAAAUGCAAAUGCAUCACCAGAUGUUGUUGUUCCGGUAAAAACUGUGGAAAACAAUGGAAUAUUUUUUGAUCACUGCUACAGUGUGUGUUCUAUAAUACAAGCUGACCCUAAAGUUCCAGAACCAGAGGAGGAACAGCCUAGUACCAAUGGAGACAGUAGGGAGAAUUGUGAGUCUCCAACAAUGAUUCCUCAGCCAAUCGAUGAAGAUGCAGUAGUAGAAGUCCAUACUGAAGAGCCUGAGUGUGUUCCUUCACCUGUAACAGAAGAAGAAGAAAUAAAGGACAUCCCAUUACAAAUACAGGAAAGUCCAGAGAGCAGUCCCUCCUCUAACCUGACAACACCACAAAAAUGGCCACUGCUCAGGGCCAACAGCGCUGGCCUAUUCCGUUGUGAACAGUGUGACUACAACAGCAAAUACUUUUCUGAUCUUAAACAGCAUAUGAUCUUAAAGCAUAAGUGCACAGAGUCUCACAUUUGCAAAGUAUGUAAACAGAGCUAUUCUAGUGAAGACUUGCUCAUGGAACACGAAAAGGAACAUGAAGAGGAGCAACUGAAUUGUAAGCAUUGUGAUUACAAGACCAAUUCCUAUGAGAGCCUCAGUCAGCAUGUGACAGAUGCCCAUUUGAACGACUUUUUUUACUGGUGCGAACAAUGCGACUUGCAAUUUUGCACGAGUAGCGAACUGUACUUGCACUUUCAGGAGCAUAGUUGCGAUGAACAGUACUUAUGCCAGUUCUGUGAGCACGAGACCAAUGAUCCAGAAGAUUUGCACAGUCACGUAGUGAACGAACACACCUGCCGUCUUAUUGAGAUAAGCGAUGCUUAUAACAAUGGAACACGGGGAGAAUUCAGUCUCUUAAACAAGAUCAGCUUUGAUAAAUGUAAAAACUUCUUUGUUUGCCAGGUGUGUGGCUUCAGCAGCAGGCUCCACACUAAUGUGAAUAGGCACGUAGCAAUAGAACACACUCGUUUUUACCCACAUGUCUGUGAUGACUGUGGGAAGGGUUUUUCGGGCAUGUUAGAGUACAGUGAGCAUUUAAACUUGCAUUCAUCAGAAGGUGUUUACCUGUGCCAAUAUUGCGAAUACUCCACAGGUCAGCUGGAGGACCUGAAAACUCACUUAGAUUUUCGGCAUUCUGCAGAUCUGCCCCAUAAGUGUACAAACUGCCUUCUGAGGUUUGGAUCUGAAGAAGAACUUCAAACCCAUAACCAAACACACGAGAAAACCAGUUAGAGCGCACUGUACAGAGAGAGAAGCAAAACCAAUACUCUGAGAUUGGUUUGAGAGCAAAACGCAGUCACCCUAGCAAGUUCUUUGUUUUUCAGGUGAUAUUGCCAGAAAUGGAUAAAAUACAUAAUGGGAGCUAAAGACUUUAGAAUAAAAGAAUCUACCAUUCCCAGGAAUGUCAUUUGUGCAAAUGUUAAACACUCCUAUUUCAAAUGCAGUAGAUGUAUAACUCAUUCUAGUGAAAGCGUUAAACAUAAAUUAUAUGCAUGCUUGAUGGAGGUAUUUAUCAGGUUAUGUCAAAAGGUUUCUUUUUAUAAUUUUAUGUUUUAACAUUUUACUAGUGUAUGUUUAUGAUGUGCUGGCUUGGUGUAUGGUACACUUGGCAUAGAGUCUAUUGAAGAUGACUUGAAGCAGGAUCGUCAUAUUUUUUUUUUUUUCCUGCAUGCAUACAUUAAAGUGGCACUGCUCUGUUGGUUUAAUGAAUUUCAAUUUGUAAAUGUGUGUUACACAAGUGUAUGUCUGUGUGUGUGAUUGCACCAUGUGAGGCUUAUGUGCUCCAAGAAUAUGUCCGGUUAAUUAAUGUGCUUUAUGGUGUCAUUUGAAAUCAUGUGUUUGUUUUUUUCAAAUGAAGCUGAAUAUCAUUGGAUAUUGUCGUGCCUGGAAAAAAAAACACCCAAAAAUAGAAAAGCUUUCUAUAAACUGUAGUACGAAUUAAAAAAAAAAAAAAGUUUGUAUU